UUCGAGUGACAUCCCUAAUUGCAACAUUAUUUACAUCUUUAUUAUGUUUACAUAUUAAUUUGGCAGCAAUAAAUAAACACGAAAUGGAUGUAUUAAAAGCUGAAAUAGCGCGCAAACGCAAGUUACUCGAGCAAAAGCAGCUUGUGGAUGACAAAAAGAAAUAUUUUCGACGCGGCGAACUCAAUGCCAAAGACACUGAGGAAGUGCUGCAAAAGGUGGGAUACAAAAAGCAGGAAUCCGUGGAGGCGCCUCGAGCUGAAGGCGCCUACAGUUUUGUAGCCGAUGGACAGAAUAUACUACCCCGUGCGGAGGUAAUACGUAGAUUACGUGAGCGGGGUGAACCCGUUUUAUUAUUUGGCGAAACGGAGAACGAGGCAUUUGACAGACUGCGAAUCUGCGAAAUCUCACAGCCAGAAGCGAAUCGUGGCUUUCGCAAUGAUUUCCAAGAGGCAAUGGAACAGGUGGAUGCAGCAUAUCUGCAGGAAAUGUUCGCCAACACGCCCACAGCCAAAGAAGAUAAGAAAUCCGAUUUUGCAGAGCUGGAUGAAACAAUUAGCUGGGAGAGCAUACAAACCAUGGCCCAGAAGAUGGGACGUAAUAAGGAUUAUGACAUGGAUGUGAUCAUUACACUGCUGACCUUCCUGCUGAAGCUGUGGAACGAUCAGAUUGCCAGCUACACGAAGCACGAGAAAAUGUCGACCAAAGUGAAAAUGACACGAGUUAUUUACACACAGACCAAGGAGUAUGUGAAGCCAUUAUUCCGCAAGCUAAAGCAUCACACGCUGCCCGAGGACAUCCUGGACAGCUUGCGGGACAUCUGCAAGCAUCUGCUGAAUCGCAACUAUAUUUCCGCCAGUGAUGCCUAUCUGGAAAUGGCCAUUGGCAAUGCUCCGUGGCCCAUUGGCGUCACCAUGGUGGGAAUUCACGCCCGAACUGGUCGCGAGAAGAUCUUCUCCAAGAACGUGGCACACGUGAUGAACGACGAGACACAGCGGAAAUAUAUCCAGGGACUGAAACGUUUGAUGACCAAGUGCCAGGAAUACUUUCCCACUGAUCCAUCCAAGUGUGUCGAGUAUGUCAGCAAAAAGGAGCGCGAUUAAAUAUACACUAAGUCUAGUAGUUGUUAUGAUAAUGAACAAA